UAAAAAUAACAUGAAAAUGAUAUUAAGCUACAAUGCAAUUUAAUAAAUAAAUAGUAUAACUUAAUUACACAUUUCUUAUAAAGCUCAAUUUAUCGACCUUGGAUGAUGGACGGUACUCGCACAUGUAAAUUAUUUCAAAUAAAAUACCGGGAGUUUUCUUCUUAGCUCUUUAUGCGACGAACACGAACAUAAAUUUGUAAUAAUUCAUGAAGUUGCACUGAGCACCUGAUAUGAAUAUUAAUUGGGCUUAGCAGUGUGGUUGGUGACAAAAGACGCGUACACAAAAGUCUCACAAACAAAAUAAGCGAACACCAAACGGUGGCUUCGAUUAAAAUUAAGCAAUUAUUUAUUUCUUUUAAUUUGUAAUAAUUUUUUAUUGGUCAAUAUUUGGACACUAUUAAUUGUUGCAGAUAGUUUGUUUGCACUCAAGUAACAAAAAUUAUAUCAGUCUUCAGGAAUAAUUUCAACCGCAAACAUUAUAAAAUUAGUUGUUACAAUGAAGGUGCACAUUUUUUUACUUGUGCUGCUUUUAGCGUCAUUUUUUCAACAAGAUCAGGCGAUAUUGAAUGACAUUCAUGAUGCGAUUGGCUGGUCUAAUGUAGAUUUAAUAAAUUUUCAGUAUUUUAAAAACUUGCCAUCGCAAGAUCCCAAAAGAGCAGCCCAAGCAAAUCUUUUUCUGGAGCAUUUUCAAAAGAAGAAGGCAGUUUUAGAUUAUUUCGAAAAUUUAUUUUUGGGCAAUUCACCAUUUACUCAAGAGAGUGAAAUUCCAUUUGAUCCCCAUUUUGGUCGAGCUUGGCGUCCUUAUUAUGUUCGUAAGUUUGGUUGGAAGGGUGAACGACUUAUCGAUGCUUUGGGAAAGGGGUACUCUGUUAAGCAACUGAAGCAUUUUGGAGCUAUACCUAAGGAUUAUGGUUCCAAAUAUUAUCCUAGCUAAAAUAUUGAUAAUAUUUUAUAUAAUUUGUACUCAUCCUAUUUAUAAUUAUUUAAAAUAAAUUUUAUUUAUUAAACGAAAUGAUGUUCAUUCUGUGCUGCAAUCAAAAA